AUGGUUCGACAACGAUCUGAUUCGUCGGCAUACAGGACAAGCCAAGAAGUCCCCGAGACUCCCUUGACCCCUCGCACCCCUCGCACCCCUCGCUCACCGCACCUCCACAGGUCCCGCCUCACCUCGCCAUCAGCUCGGUCAUGGACAGGCACCCGGGGUGGGCUCAAGCGGGAGUUCCCCGAAGACGAAGACCUUGACAUGGACGACUUGCCCUCCCGACGAGCCCACCUCCCCAACCCUACACCCUCAGAACUUCUAUCCAUGGACCUCACGACCUUGGCUCUUCAUAACCGCAACACCAACAGCAGCAACAGCAGCAGUAGUAGUAGUGGGUCUCGGUCAGCUCUUACUACACCUUCGCCGUCUGCUCGGUUCAGGGACGAUGCCACUGUUGAACGAUUCAACCUGACCCUCCCCUUUGACAGGAUUGCUUCACCUAACUUUGCCUCCUCCAUUUCAUCGUCGUCAACCCCUUCACCUUCGCCGUUUAAAAGCAACACCAACAACAACCACAGCAACAACAACCUCCACAGCUCUAGCUCGCUCGAGUCUGUCCACAGAUACCCAACCCGCACCGCAACUACACAGCACGACACUACACAAUCCUCACCGUUCACAACUCCUGUCAAGGCCGGUGGCGGCAGGACACCUUUCCUCCGAGACGGACCCUCUACGCCAGCCGCCUCUUCAUCCACAGCAGCAGCGUCGUCGCCGUCACCGUCUAUCUUUUCCUCACGCUCCGCUCUCCAGAGUCCACCCCGCAGCAGCCCUCGCCAGUUCAUGAACGACGAAGACAACAACCUCUUUCUUACCCAGUCGCCACGAGCUAUCAGGACACCUCGAAAGCCCAUGUCUCAGCUAGAGAGUAGCAGCAAUUUUACAACUCAAUCACCUGCUGACCGGUCGACGCCCAGUACAUCAGCAUCAGCACAAGCAUCCUUUUCUUCUGGCGACUACUCGGCUUCGACGAACUCUCACUCGUACUUCCAACCAGUUCCAACAUCCACAGCUUUGAUGACACCGGGAGCUAGUCAAUCGACCGAAUUUUAUGACGACGACAUGACGGAUACCGAGUCUGUGCUGAGCUCUCAAGGAGACCAGGAGAAGGAGAAUGUCACUCCCAAGAUGUCGGACGACCCUUCGAACCCAUUCUUUGUCUCUUCAGAAUCAAAGAGAACCAUACGAUAUACCAAGACGGAUGGCUCAACAACACCCACAGGAUGUACGACAGCGCCAGGAACCAUUCGGCGGUCAAGACGUCUUGCCCUCGGAUCCAUCUCUCCUUGGCGCUGGAAUUCCUUUGAUGAGCAGGGGAACUUGUUGCACGCUGGUCUGGGUGUAGGCUUCCUCAAAGGAAAGGGAUCAGACUGGACAGAGGGCAAGCACCCCAAGGGCACGGCUGCGGGAUGUUCAGGAGAGUUGUCGGCAGGGUCGAGUUCAGGAUCUAGUUCAGCGGCAGGCUCGUCCUCCACGAACAAGGCCGUGAUGAUUGGGCCACCACUGAACGGAAAGUCGUCCAAGCAACUCCCCGACAACCACCCCAACGCUUCUGACACACUUGAUCGAAAGGGCGUACCCUCCAAGACGGCGAUGAAGAACGCAGAGAGCAUCAUCGAGCCCCAGUCGGUGGCCUUCAAUCGUCGCGCGCAGAAGGUGGCGGGAAGUAUCUUUUACUGGAAAAACGGAAACUACCAGUUAGUGAGCGAGACGGACAAGCAGCAGUGGCCCGGCGAGUGGAAGUUUGAGGUCUACCAGGACCCAGAGUCGCCAGGAGCACCAUCAGCAGCGGAGGAGGCCGACUAUGCCGCCGCGACAUCCCACAGCUUCACAGCGGCUUCAUCCUCGACAACAGCCACGUACUUUGGAAAGGGCAAGCUGACGGAUCGACAGCUGAGCGGACCUUCGUCGAAGAGGAUGCGGGUUACUGCAGGAAACGAGACUUCUCAUCAGGGCGUUGGCUCGAGCCCACAUACCUCCGAGUCUGAUUUGACAGGAUCAGGCAUCACAGAUGCACAGGACCUUGUCCCACCUCCGAGCCCAACACCAAUGUCGGCGAUCAAUACCUCAGCCAAUAACAGUCCUCAGGCCUCCAAGUUGAUGGGCAGUCGACCAGGCACCCCAAGCAAGAAGGCGCGCAUGCAAGACCGCUAUGACUUCCGGGAGCGCCGCAUGCUCAACGAGCCCCUCACCCCUCGAUCCCGCCGCUGUGGUGCCUAA